ACAUUCAAAAUGAGUCCGAAACUAGUUUUCCUUUUCUUCUGCCUUCAAUUGUGUCAUCUGUCCAUGUCGAUGGAAAUACCACAAACUUAUACUCAAUUGAGCGAUUCUUCCAAAUGUGUCGCCUCAUGUGGCAAGUUCAAUCUCCAAAUUGGCAAGAAACUUUAUUACGUUGAGUCCAAGGAGAAGGUCAAUUGGUAUAAUGCAGUCAACAACUGCCGUAAGAUGGGCGGAUACUUGUUGAACAUUGAGAGCAGUACAGAAAUGGAUUUGUUUGCUGCUUUAUAUCCAUCGGACAGGCUCUGGACAUCCUCAAACAGUCUGUCAAAAACUUUUCUAUCCAUCACGACUGGAGAGCCGAUGCCCUACAAUAGAUGGAAGGAGGGAUAUUUGGACCGUGAUAAUUUGUGUGUGGAAAUGACCAAGGGAUUCCUGAGUGCGGAAAAUUGUGAAAAUUUGAAGUACUAUGUGUGCCAAGCACACAUACUUUAUUGAUGAAUUACAAUUAGUUAAUUCACAAAGUUACCAGACAAAUAAAUCGAACGAAAAACAAUAUACAAUUUAACUUAUUCUCAAUAUUUUUAAUAGUCAUAUUCUUGAGUACAUAACACUAUUAAACCUUCUUCAAAUUCCACGACGAGCCCGAUCUGAAAAU